CUUACUGCUGCUAUUAUCAAUGGAUAAUUGUUUAACUUUCUAUUUCUACAGUUAUCUGAAUGACCUUGAAAGGAUAGCAAGAUCUGAUUACAUCCCGACUCAGCAAGAUGUCCUGCGAACUCGAGUCAAGACUACAGGCAUCGUGGAGACUCAUUUCACUUUUAAGGAUCUACACUUCAAGAUGUUUGAUGUUGGUGGACAGAGAUCUGAGAGAAAGAAAUGGAUCCAUUGCUUUGAGGGUGUCACUGCCAUCAUCUUCUGUGUAGCUCUUAGUGCAUAUGACUUAGUCCUGGCUGAGGACGAGGAGAUGAAUCGCAUGCAUGAGAGCAUGAAACUUUUUGACAGCAUUUGCAACAACAAAUGGUUUACGGAUACCUCUAUCAUCCUCUUCCUCAACAAGAAGGACCUCUUCGAAGAGAAGAUCACCAAGAGUCCCCUGAGUAUUUGCUUCCCUGAGUAUGCUGGGGUGAACGAGUAUGAUGCGGCUUCGGGGUAUAUCCAGACCAAAUUCGAAGACCUAAAUAAACGGAAGGAUACCAAGGAGAUCUACACACACUUCACCUGUGCCACUGACACAAAGAACGUGCAGUUUGUAUUUGAUGCAGUCACUGAUGUCAUCAUCAAAAAUAACCUGAAGGAUUGUGGCCUCUUCUAAGAAAUGAAAAGAAAAUUUGACGAUGAUGAGUUACUUGAACUGCUCAGUGCGGAGGACCCCAGAGGAAGGACUGCACCAAUAAAAUCAGCUUUCUGCUUUUAACUGCUUUUUACAAGAGACUUAAGACCAUCAAUGCAUUGCCAACUUUCCCAAUCUUUUUAUUUCCCUGAUGAUGCAGAAUUUUUACUAUUUAAUUAAUUUUAUUUUUUACAAAAAAUGUCUUGUUUCAGAGGAGCGCAAAUGUCCUUGAGCUGAGUUAGCAAGUGCUUUGCUAGUGUUAGUGGAACUCUCCAUUCUAUGGUUAUGUCAGGCAUGGAUACAUUUUUUUAAAAAGUGUUUUGGUUGCUUAGAGCAUGUAAAAGGUGAUAAAUGUGAUCAUCUUCCAAACAAACACAACAGCUUAGCAAAACCUGUUCAUUGCACCGAUUCAUUGAAUUUUUUUUUCCUGGGCAAAAAAAAUUGUUCCCGUGUGUGUGUGUGUGUGUGUGUGUGUGGGAGGGAGAGUUUCAACCAAGUUGCAUGUAAAACAUAAAUGUCUCCUUUACAUUUGCACAACCAGCAUACAUUCCUAAAGGAUUUUAAUAGGUUUUGAAAGUUGCUUGAGGAAGGCUUUAUUAGCUACUAAGCUGCAAGUUCAUUUAACAUAUUUAAAAUGUAAGUAAUCUACCAUGUACUGGUAUUAAUUUUGCUGCAGUAAGUUUUGUGCCUUGAAAAUAACUUUGUUUACAGCUGUAACUGAGUUCUGCUUUACUUUUAAUGGUAAUUUUUCCUUUCCCCUUAAUUUCUGAUGGAAAUGGUUACUUUUGCAUGUCCAAGCAAGCGAUACUGUAUCCGUGGGGAAGGAACAGUUUGACGAUAGUCUAUUCACUUUACUCAAACAGAGACAUUCUGUUCAAAAUGAUAAUGCUUCUUGUUUGCAGCAUUAACUCUUCAAAUACUAACUGGGAUUUUGCUACAGCUACUGGAUCAGAAGUUUAAAUCCGCUGGGAUUUCUUCUAUGUUUUUCAGCUUCCUUUUGUCUGGAGGAAUAAAAGUGUUCCCACUGCACCCCCUAGCCUCUACCAAUAAUUCCUUUACAUCCAUCUCUCACAUGGACAGUCUUUAGCUCCUGUCCGUCUCAUGGAAUGAUUACAGUGGCCAUUCAACACGCAUUCAUGUUCAUUCAUCUGUAGUACCCAAAAAUCUGUUCCCAAUUCCCAGUGAAUGGAUUGCAAAAUUCUAAGGAAGCUUAAAUUCAAUGUAAACGUAAUGUGGUUAUUGUAACAUCUCUCUGCUGCUUGUAUCAGUCUUUUCUAUCUUGCCCAUUUAAUGUAAAUGGAUUUGUGGCAACAGUAUAGCAUUCCAUCUGGUAACUGAUGAGAACUGAAAAGAGCAUCUAAACUGAUAGCAAUGAGGCUUGAAUAGUGCACAACACUAUGAACAGCAAUUAAGAAUAUCACAUUCACAUCUUCUGACUGGUGCUUAAACUGCCUGUACCUUCAUUACUGAAUUACUAAAGAAAGCAUCUUACUAAAAUUCUGUUCUGCAGUUAAGAAUCUUCACCGAAGCAGUAGAUGAACAACAUUUCAGCUACCUAUCCUGCAGAGCAAAAUCUGUAUUGCUUGCAGAGUAUCCUAAGUCGAUGACUGCUUCCAGAUACAAGUCUUGUUUGUUUUGGUAAUGGCAGGAAUUUAAUUUAUGAUGUUUGAUGCAACUUGGACUAAACGGGACACAGUUCAUGUAGCUCACUUCUGUCAUUUGGUGCUUGACACCACACCCAUAGAAUUGUAGCUCAGUGUAUUCUCUCCUGAAUUGAACAUUCCUCCAGUUUUUUUUGUCAACCGAUUCAUCAAAUCCAGUUUAGGGUCAAGUGAUUGGAAAUGCUAGAAUAUUAACCAGAGAAGAAGAGGCCUGUGUUUAGUGUAAUGAUACCCAGUGCCUGAAAAUUUGAAGCUCAAAGCCAUUUAUUUUUCAUUUGAGUGUUUUGUCUGUUUCAUUUAGCAGCUACUUAUGCUCUCUUCGUUUAGAACAUGUAGUGUAAUUAAAAAUGCUUGUGACUGAGGUGGUCAUUAGAAUUAUUGUAACAGAUUGAUAAGUAACAAAUUGACAGUUUUCUGUAGGCUUUUUAUUAAAAGCAAAUGCUUUAUUUGUAGUAACUAAUUUCCAUUGCAUUUCAUGUACGCCAUUUUUAAAAAAUACGAUGUAUCUUGCAGAUUGUGUAAGCACUAGUGGUGGCUUUUCCAGUUUCAACUUGUUUCUCAGGCAAUUCUUCCUCUGUACGAAGAGCUUUGACUAUUUAUGUUCCUUCAAAUCAUCAAUUACGAAUGGACGUCAAGUGUAUGACUUUUGUAAAUUUAGAAGAAGGGUCUGUCUUGGUUGCACUUGGAUGUAAUUAAGGUUUCUAGAUUUUAAAAGAUUCCAAUUUAUUCUGUGUCUUGUGUAACUCUAAUAUGUUUUAUGUACAGUAAUCCAUUUAAGCACAAUGUUGCAACAGGUUGGCAAGUUUUGUAAGAAACCUGGCAAGAACCCCUGACAUGGCAGCACUUUUAACAUUCUGGAUGUUAAGCAAACAUUGCCAAUUUGCUUUGUUAGGAACCUAAAGUGUUGGUGUUUAAAUCAGAUGUAGACAAAAACUUUCAAGUCCAAUUGGAAAAAUGAUUAAUCCUUGCCUUUGUUAAAAAGUGUUCAAUUGGGUGAUGCAGUUUGAGCAGCUAAUACAUGGAGCAUGAGGAAGAUUGAACCCUGGAGUUGGUGCCAAUCUCUGGGUGGGUGGAAACAUAACCUUUUGAGAAACUGAUGUGUAAGUAGGCUGGGUGUUGCAGACUCUUUUGAAUGCAGUAAUUUUAGUUAAGCAAUGCAAUUUUGGCAGGUAAUUUUAAUUGGAUGAUUUUAUAGCAACAUGAAAGUAGUAGAAAAGUUACCUACACACUUGCAAUUCUUUAAUUUUCUGAGAAAUCUCUUCAAGCUAUGUGCAGCCUUUCUGUAUUUAAUUUUUUUGUUUUUUUAAAUGCAGUCAUUCUUGAGCUUGCAUCAUAAUGUAGAUUACAAAAACUACGUUAUAGGUAGGGAGGAGCUAAUUAUAGAAACUUUGAGAGUUAAAGUUCUAAAUAUAUGAAGGAAAUUUCAAAACGGAAUAAAAUAUUUUGUUAAUUUCUUUUGUUCAAGCUUUUUCUGAUAUCCAUGUGUUGGCUCAGAUGAUACGCAAACAGUUUUGCAGAGAGUAAAGUUAACCUUUUUGGGUGGGCGGGAGGUUUACUAUCUGACAAUAUUUGACUAGUUUUUAUUGUCGUCGUUACAUUGUUACUUACACACACCCACACCUCUGUUUAGUUUGUAAUGAGGCCAGAUGCAUCGCAACCAUGUAUGUUUCUUACAAUAUGUUACCUGGUGUAAAAACAAAUAAAAGACCAAAUUAAUAAAAUACUUUUUAGUAGGA